AUGCAGUCCUUUCGAGAAAGGUGUGGUUUCCAUGGCAACCAGCAGAGCUACCAGCCGCCUUCACAAGACGCAUCCCGCCUGGAGAAUUACCGGCAUCAAAGCCCGGCAGGGCCCAACUGCGAGCGGCAGCGGCUGCURGCCAAGGACUACUACAGCCAGCAGCCCGUGCCGUACGCGGGCUACGAGAACAGCGCCGUGGAGAAAUACCACCGGGGCAGCAGCAAGCAGCUAGCGGGCCAGCAGCUGCAAGGGCGGCCGGCCUUUUCCAGCUACGGCGUGCAGGAGAACAGCCCCUACGGCGGGCGCUACACGGGGGACGAGAGCCUGCAGGCGUGGGGCGGCCAGCCGCUGCCCGCCGCCGUGGCCAAGUAUGAGGAGAGCUUGCUGAAGAAACCAGCGGCCGGCGGGCGGCCCUACCACGAGCCAGCGGGCGCCCCGCUGCCCUUCCGGACUCAUUUCCAGCAGCAGCAGCAGCAGCAGCAGCCGCAGCAGCCGCCGGCUCUGCCCUACCCCAAGCUGCAGAGGCAGAAGCUGCCCAACCCCAGCGACGUGUCCUCCUCGCCCAUGCCCUUCUCGCCGGCGCCGCACUUCGGCCAGCACUCGCAGUCCUUCCCCGCGUCCUCCACGUACUCGUCGGCGGCGGGCGCCGCGCCGCCGGCGCAUUCCUACAAGAGCUGCACGGCGCCGUCGGGGCCGCCGCCGCAGCACGAGCGGCCGCUGGGCAGCGCCGCCGCGCUGGCCGCCGCGCAGCGCGUGCCCAACCUGCACGGCUACCAGCCCAGCCGCAUGGGCUACGAGCAGCCGCCGCCGCCGCAGCCGCCGCAGCCGCCGCAGCAGCCGCCGCAGCCGCCGCCGGCUUUGCAAGGGCGGCACCACGGCGCGGAGGCUCUGCACUACCCAAACUUAGCCAAGUACCAACAUUACAACCAGGCGGGCCAGAGCUACUGCCAGGGCGACGCGGCACCCGUGCGCACCCCAGAGCAAUAUUACCAGACCUUCAGCCCCAGCGCCGGCCACUCGCCGGCCCGCUCCGUGGGCAGGUCCCCGUCCUACAGCUCCACUCCCUCGCCGCUCAUGCCCAACCUGGAGAACUUCCAGUACAGCCAGCAGUCGCUGGGCACGGGCGCCUUCCCGGCCGGCAUCACCGACCACAGCCAUUUCAUGCCCUUGCUGAAYCCGUCGCCCACCGACGGCACGAGCCCGGAUGCUCCGUCCGGAAACUGCAAAAACUUGCAGAAGGAGAAGAUCCCCGAGAACCUCCUGUCGGAUCUCAGCUUGCAGAGCCUCACGGCGCUCACCUCCCAAGUGGAGAACAUUUCCAACACGGUGCAGCAGCUCCUGCUCUCCAAGUCGGCCGUGCCCCAGAAGAAGGGCAUCAAGAACCCGGCGAGGACCCCCGAGCAGCUCAAAGGGCAGCACUGCAGUCCCGAGAGCAGCACCUACUCUGCCGAGCAGGUAGGAACCCCGCUGUCCGACCCGCUCAGCACCCCGCAGUCCGUGCAYGCCGAGACACAGGAUGCCGAUUAUCUCAGCGGGUCGGAGGACCAGCUGGAAAGGAGUUUCCUGUAUUGCAACCAGAACCGCAGCCCUGCCYGCGUCAACAGCAACUCCAAGGCGAAGCCCGAGUCGGUGUCCACCUGCUCCGUGACCUCUCCGGACGACAUGUCCACCAAAUCGGACGACUCCUUCCAGAGCAUCCAUGCGAGCCUGCCCCUGGAGACCUUCACCAAGUACGUGACCAACGAGCGGGACUGUCCCCGGCUGCUGCUCAGCGCCCUGUCCCAGGAGGAGCUGGCCUCCGAAAUCAUCGUCCUGCAGGACGCCAUCAACGAGAAGGCGGACAAAGCCUGGCCCAACUCCCCCAUGCUCAACAAGGAGGCCGCGAAAGCCCCCUUCCACCUGGAGAACCACAGGCCGUGCCUGGACAACAUGGUGAAGGGCACCUGGCCUAGCCAGGGYGACUCCAGCACCCUCACGGAGCCCCUGAAGCUGGACAAGGCCUCGGGGGGCAACGCGGGGAAGGACUUUGGUGACGAGGUCUAUGAGAGCGCCCCGGUGGAGUUUGCAGCCGCCGAGACAAAGGACGCGCUCAAAGACGCGACCUCGCUGGCGUACAACUCCAAGCCCAGCAUCCCAGCUGCUACUUCCAGCUCCGGGGCUGCCGGCUACAGCUGCUAUUCCAACACCACUGCCAACUCGGUGGGCUCCGACAGCACCAUGGAGCACUUCGAGUGGCCCGACGAGAGCCUCGGCGAGCCRUGCCUGAGGUGGAAGGAGCUGGGGACGGGCCUGCAAGCCGCCGACCUUCCCAAGGGCUUGUUCCCGAGCAAAUUGGCGGCGUCCUGCAAGGAGAAGAAGAAUUCCUGCAGCUUGGAUGUGUGCGACGGCGAGCAGCCAGCCAAGAGCGAGCCGGCCGGGGACUUCAGCCAGCAGGCCAUGGAGGAGGACGAGGAAGAGACGCUGACCUACGACGAGGCUGCGAAGGCRGACGGCGAGCGGUGGCUGCAGGACACGCGGCACUGCUGCUCGGGCGGCGACUUCGGCGAAAUCCCCAUGAUUUCCUCCCCGGAGCUGAAGGAGUCCGACCUGGAAGCGGAGGAGUAUUCGUCGCUGUGCGCGCUGGCGAGCGCGGAGCAGAAGGCGGCGAUUUACGACGCGUCACCAGCCAACGCGCCCGAGGUGCCCGCCGUGCUGUCCUCCAGCGAGGUGCCCGUGUCCGCCGAAGAGACCGUCGGCGCCGUGGAGAAGGAGAGCUCGGCGCCGUCGGCRCGAUUAUCCGGCCAGUCCGUGAUCCUCCUCGGCCCCGCCGUGGGCACCGAAACCAAGGUGAAGAGCUGGUUCAAGUCCUCCCUGCCCCACAUGAAGCCGGAGGAGGAGGCCGGCGGAGAGGAGAAGACGCCCGCGGAGCYGAUGAGCGCCGAGUCGGCCUUGUCGCUCGCCGUCAAGAAGCAGCUGCUGCCCGAGAACGCGCUGGGGAAGCCGGAGCCCGUCUCCAGGGGCAAGAGCCUCCGCAACAAGCGAGUCCACUGCCGGCUGUCRGAGGGAGACGACUCCGGCAAAGCGGUGCCAAGCCCGUUUAAUGAUCUGCCGGCAGCUGGCGGCGUGGCCGGCACAUGUGUCGGGCCAGAUGGCCAGAUGGAGCUGCCGAGCAAAAGCGCCCAGAGCCAAACGCCGAGGUUCCCGGCCGAGGGGCUGCCGGCUCGCAUGUGCACGCGCUCCGUCACGGCGCUCGCCGAGCCCCGCGCGCCCGCCCCGCUCGAGGCGCUCAAGGCGCCGGCGCACCAGGAGAAGCUGGGCAAGAAACCCGGCUGCGGCGUCAAGCAGCGCGUGGCUUUCAAAGCCAGGAAGCGCAGCGGCCGCCCGGCCCCCAAGGUCAUCGCCGGCGAUGCCGCCCUCUUGGUGCCCGGCUUGGUGGCCACCGAGGAGCCGGUGGGGCCGCCGGCGCCCGAGGGCGACGCGCCGGACGCCGAGGACAGGGACCAGCGGUCGAUGAUCCUGCGCUCCCGCACGAAGACGCAGGAGGUCUUCUACACCAAGAGGCGGAGGGGCAAGCGGGCGGCCGACGUGCGGCUCAAGAACUGCAAGGCGCCCAAGAAGCUCAUCUCCAACAACCACCUGCCGGCCGCCUUCAAGCUGACGCCCCAGGGCAGCCCCCACAAGGAGGGCAAGGUGGGCUCGCGCAUGAAGCUGCCCAAAGCGGGGCCGGGCAUGGGCAGCAAGAUGUCCGAGCGGCCUCUGCACUCCCUGAAGAGGAAGUCCACCUUCAUGUCCCCCAUCCCCGCCAAGAAGAGAAACCUGGUGCUGCGGAGCAACAGCGGCGGCAUCAAGGAGGAGAAGCCCGAGGCGCCCCCCAGCCUCUUCAAGAAGAUGCCGGUGGCCAAGAAAGUGAAGGCCAAGCUGCCCCCCAAGGGUGCCGGCGAGGCCAUCUUGAAGCCUCCCCCGGCCAAAGAGGCCCCGGACGUCUGCAUCAAGAUCACCUCGCGGGCGGCCUUCCAGGAGGCCACCAAGACCAAAGUGCUGCCUCCCCGCAAGGGCCGCGGCCUCAAGCUGGAGGCCAUCGUCCAGAAGAUCACGUCGCCCAACCUGAAGAAGUUCUCCUGCAAGCCGGCGGCCGCCGGCGCCGCCGCCAACACCGUGGCCGCCUACGGCGCCUCGCUGAGCCUGCCCAAGAAGAGGAACCGCAAGAGCAAAGCGGCGGCGCUCGGCGCGGCCAAGGCGGCGCCGGACAAGCGGGCGCCGCUGGGCCCCGCGUUGCUGCCGCGGCCGCCCGUGCCGCCGCCGCCGCCGCCGCGGGUGUCUGGCAGCCCCGGCGGGGACGAGGCGCCGCGGGACAGCAAGAAACCAAAGAGCGAGGACAAGGAGGCGGCGGGCGGCCAAAGCCCCGAGGGGCGGCCGGGCGCGGGGGCGUCGCGGGGCACCAAGGUGCGCGCCAACCACGCCAACUACAACGGCUACUCCAAGCGGCAGAGGAAGCGCCUGGCGCACGGCAAGGGCAAGGCGGUGGCGGCGCGGUGCAAGAGCCGGGGCAAGCGGCGGCGGCCGGGCCAGCAAGCGCCACCGUUGCCGCCGGCCGAGCCCGAGAUCCGCCUCAAGUACGUGUCGUGCAAGCGGCUGCGCGCCGACAGCCGCGCGCCGCCCUUCGCGCCCUACGUGCGCGUGGAGCGGCGCGACGCCUUCACCACCGCCUGCACCGUGGUCAACUCGCCCGCUGACGAGGCCAAGCUGCAGCGCGCGCCGCCCGGGCCCGCCUGCCCGCCGCCAGCACCGCCGUCACCGUCGCGGCACCGCGCGGCGCUGCCGGCCUCGUCCAGCAUGCGCCUGGGGCCCGUGGUGUCCAAGGCGCUGAGCGCCGCGUGCCUGGCCUGCUGCCUGUGCCGCCACCCCGCCAACUACAAGGACCUGGGGGACCUCUGCGGGCCGUACUACCCCGAGGGCUGCCUGCCCAAGAAGAAGGCACGGCCCAAGGAGAAGGCGCCCGGCGAGGAGGCCGUGCCGGCGCUCAAAGCGGCGCCCGACGGCGCCCCUUGCGCGGUGCCCGGUGGCAAAGCGCCGCGCGCGGACGGCGGCGCCGCCGAGGCGGCCAAGCAGAGCGCCCUGCGCUCCAGCCCGCGGGGCAUGUUCAGGCGGCUGCAGAGCUGCUACUGCUGUGACGAGAGGACAGAGGGCGAGGAGGCGGCCGAGAAGCCCCGGCGGCACGAAUGUAGCAAGGGCGAGUCGCCGGCGCAGGAGGCGCCGGCCGGCGACACGCAGGAGCACUGGCUGCACGAGGCCUGUGCCGUAUGGACCGCUGGGGUGUUCCUGGUGGCGGGCAAGCUCUACGGGCUGCAGGAGGCCGUCAAGGCGGCUGCCGACGUGAAGUGCUCGAGCUGCCAGCAAGCGGGAGCCACCGUGGGCUGCUGCCACAAGGGCUGUCCCCACUCCUACCACUACGCCUGCGCCGUGGACACAGGUUGYUUAUUAACCGAGGAGAGCUUCUCGCUGAAAUGUCCCAAACAUAAGGCAGCCGGUGUAGUGGUGCCCACCGAGGAGCGGGCGYGGGGGCACGCGCCCCACUGCCACCGCCGGAGCCGCGAGCGCCACCGGGGCAGGCGGCCCACGCGGCCGGAGCCGCUGUCGCCCAUCCCCGUCCCGGGCCACCUCCGCCGACAGCACCCGCCGGGCGCCCAGGCCACCUCUGCACCGCUGUCGUGCCCCGGAACCACUCCAGGGGACACAGGAGAUCCAGCUCCGGGCUUUGUGUUCAGCCGCUUGGAGGAACUCUACCCAUAG